AUGGCCCUUGAGUCAAUUACUGGGCAGGCUGAUGAUAAUGAUGAUAUAUGGCUUGUUACAUGUGUACAGCAGGAAGCCAGGAGAUCAGUAAUGGCAGUGAGGCAGGGGGGAGGUCAGGGCUCUAUUAUAAAAGUAAACUUUGGAGACCAACAAUCUGUCGAUACCUAUAGGGUACGAGAAACCCACCAUUACCAGAUUCUUCCUAUAAUUCCCAAUAACUGGUACUACGGAGGGUCUGUACAUAGCCUUCCCGUUCCAGGAACACCUUCAUAUUCUUUCAUUCUUAUUUAUACUGAAAAUACCUCCUGGUAACAUUGAUAAUCUGAUACACACCUUUAGAAUCUGCACCUUUACCCCGAGAAUCUAUCUAUUCACCAAGAGAAUCAAUCUAUUCACCCCAAGAAUCUAUCUAUUCACACCAAGAAUCUAUCUAUUCACCCAGAGAAUCUAUCUAUUCACACUGAGAUUGUACCUAUUUACACCGAGAUUGUACCUAUUAACACUGAAAAUUUACCUAGUCACACCGAGAUUGUACCUUUUCCCACCGAGAAUCUACCUAUUCACACGGAGAAUGUACCUAUUCACAUUGAAAUUGUACCUUUUCCCACGAGAACCUACUUAUUCAUACCGGGAAUGUACCUAUUCACACGGAGAAUGUACCUAUUCAAACCGAGAAUCUACCUAUUCACACCAAGAUUAUACCUAUUCACACGGAGAAUGUACCUAUUCACAUCGAAGUUGUACCUUUUCCCACCAAGAACCUACCUAUUCAUACCAGGAAUGUACCUAUUCACACAGAGAAUGUACCUAUUCAUACGGAGAAUGUACCUAUUCACACUGAGAUUGUAUCUAUUCAUACAGAGAAUUUACCUAUUAAUAUGGAGAAUGUACCUAUUCACACUGAGAAUGUACCUAUUCACACCGAGAAUGUACCUAUUCAUACAGGCAAUGUACCUCUUCACACUGAGAUUGUAUCUAUUCAUACGGAGAACGUACCUAUUCACACAGAGAUUGUACCUAUUCACACUGAGAAUGUACCUAUUCCCACAGAGAAUGUACCUAUUCACACGGAGAAUGUACCUAUUCACACAGAGAAUGUACCUAUUCACACGGAGAAUGUACCUAUUCACACAGAGAAUGUACCUAUUCACACUGUGAAUGUGCCUAUUCACACAGAGAAUGUACCUAUUCACACUGUGAAUGUGCCUAUUCACACAGAGAAUGUUCCUAUUCACACUGAGAAUGUGCCUAUUCAUACGGAGAAUGUUCCUAUUCACACUGAGAUAGUAUCUAUUCACACGGAGAACGUACCUAUUCACACAGAGAUUGUACCUAUUCACACUGAGAAUGUACCUAUUCACACAGAGAAUGUACCUAUUCACACAGAGAAUGUACCUAUUCACACUGUGAAUGUGCCUAUUCACACAGAGAAUGUACCUAUUCACACUGUGAAUGUGCCUAUUCACACAGAGAAUGUUCCUAUUCACACUGAGAAUGUGCCUAUUCAUACGGAGAAUGUUCCUAUUCACACUGAGAUAGUAUCUAUUCACACGGAGAACGUACCUAUUCACACAGAGAUUGUACCUAUUCACACUGAGAAUGUACCUAUUCACACAGAGAAUGUACCUAUUCACACAGAGAAUGUACCUAUUCACACAGAGAAUGUACCUAUUCACACUGUGAAUGUGCCUAUUCACACAGAGAAUGUACCUAUUCACACGGAGAAUGUACCUAUUCACACUGUGAAUGUGCCUAUUCACACUGUGAAUGUGCCUAUUCACACUGUGAAUGUGCCUAUUCACACUGUGAAUGUGCCUAUUCACACAGAGAAUGUACCCUAUUCACACUGUGAAUGUGCCUAUUCACACAGAGAAUGUUCCUAUUCACACUGA